AGGGGUGACACGAAAACGAUAUUUCACUACUAUUGGGACGCACCACAUACAAGCGAAUACUAUCAUAGUUUAAGCAGCGAUAGCUGGACUUCAAAUAUUGAAAUUGGACUGUGCAAUCACAUUAAAAACGUUUGGCAAAAUGAACCAAACAUUUGAAAAUGUGCUUGCUAAUCUAUGAGCUACCAGCAUCUAAAAGUAGUGAAUGGAAGAGAGCUUCAACUAAGGUGAUAUUUGCUGGAGUGGCAUUUGUAGUAGAUGCAUUUUCAGAUCCAGCUCUGGAGCCUGCAGUUGGGGAUGUAGGUGCGGUAUUGAAGCUUGGCGGUUUUGGUCUUUCUUCUGGUGGAGUCUGUUGA